ACCAGCUCUCUGAAGAUGGAUCGAAAGAGCAAUGCUGGGAACAGGAAGUCGAGAAAGUUUCGCUCCAUUUCAAGAUCACUCAUACUUUGCAAUGCCAAGAACAGUGAUGAUGGGUCAAGUCCUGAUGAGAAAUGCCCUGAUCCCUUUGACAUCUCUACCAGUUGGAGUCAAGAGGACUUGGACUGCUGUUCUAGAACACAACUGCCGUGCACAUCGGAGACAGAAGAAAGCCCAGCUCAUCCUCCGCGUGUGAUCACCAGCAUGCUCCAGUCCACAGUCCCAGCAAAGGAGAACUGCAACACGAGAAGGAAGUUACUCAGCAAGGACAGCUGCAUCUGCAGGCUGUGUGCAACCAGAGGGAACAGCAGUUCAAGAAUCAGGCUCUCUAAGAGUCCGAACUCUGCAUCUCUCUGGAGAGGGUUCACAGGCAGCCAGGAGCCUGCUGGAGGUGCAGCAAACAGGAAUGGUUUUCUGAGCCCAAGGGAUGAACUGUUAACACUAAAUCGACAGUCGCUUAAAGAUGUGUCCAGCAAGGAGGCUGAACCUGUCCUUCACCCAACAACACGGCUGCUGAACAUGAUGAUGGCCAGCAAAGAAAUGCCAUGUUGUAAGGAAAGACCUUUGGAAAUACAAAAUGGUUUUCUGCACAGUAAAGCUGAGUGUCAACGAACUCGCAGUAACUCAACCACUGUCAGUCCAUACUGGAUGGGGGAGAUGGACUGCGCGGCGCCCCCGAAAGCCGCAGCCUUCAGAGACCGGCAGACACCCGCUCUCCACACCGGCCGCAAAUCUCUUUCCCAGCAGCUGGACAGUUCUGGAGGGAGAACCCCAGCAAUUUUGAGGCCAGCUAGAUCACUAAGUACAGCACAGUUAAUUCACACAUCCUGUGGCUCACAGGCUUCAGUAAUCUCAAACAUCGUACUAAUGAAAGGACAAGGGAAGGGUUUGGGCUUCAGUAUUGUUGGAGGAAAAGACAGCAUUUAUGGACCAAUAGGCAUCUAUGUCAAAACCAUCUUUCCUGGUGGAGCUGCUGCUGCUGAUGGAAGGCUACAAGAAGGCGAUGAAAUCCUGGAGCUGAAUGGAGAAUCCAUGCAUGGAUUAACACAUCAUGAUGCUUUACAAAAAUUCAAGGCCAAAAAGGGUCUUCUGACACUUACAGUCAGGACAAGCUUCAGCACACCUCAUUCUGCUUCCAGCUGUUUGUCACCCCAUUUGUGUCACUCCCUGACUAGUACAUGCAUAACCAAGGAAAACAGCUCUUUCAGUUCAGAAACUGCAGCAUUCUCAUUAAACGCUACAAAGCCCAAUGACAGGGUCAUAGUGGAAGUUACUCUAAACAAAGAGCCAGGUGUUGGCCUUGGAAUUGGGCUAUGUAGCAUCCCUUACUUCCAGUGUAUUUCAGGGAUUUUUAUUCACACCCUCUCUCCAGGCUCAGUGGCACAUAUGGAUGGGAGACUCAGGUGUGGAGAUGAAAUAAUUGAAAUUAACGAAGCUUCAGUACAAAGUAUGACUCUUAAUGAAGUUUUUGCAGUGCUAAGCCAUUGUGAUCCUGGUGCAGUGCAGAUUAUUAUUAGCAGACACCCUGAACCACAGGUGUCUGAGCAACAGCUAAAAGAAGCUGUUGCACAAGCUGUGGAAAACAACAGAUUUGGAAAGGAGAGACACCAAUGGAGCACUGAAGGUGUUAAGAAACCAGAAACAAGCUGGCAUGGAAGACACCCAUGUGAAAAACAUAUUGACAGGAGUGCUGCUCAUUGCAACCGCAGGACACAGAAGCUCAUGACCCGCUCCAGCAGUGACAGCAGCUACAACCCUAGGUCUUCUUGUGGUAAUGGUGCUGCUUACCAGCUGGCUGACUUGAAAACAAGAGUACAUAGCAUUGAUGUACCAAUUACCACACAACCUGGCCUGCUGUACUCAUUCUCUGGAAACAGCUCAGAGAGAAAUUCCCCUCCUACUUGUAGUGAGGGAGGGCGACCCUUGCAAAACACUAAGAAACCAUCAGAGAUCCUCGUUAGAAAACCUAAAUCAUCAAAGCCCAAACCUCCACCAAGGAAAUAUUUCAAGCAGGACUGUACAUGCAGUGACCAGUGUAGCACAGACAGAAAAGAAAAGCUUGUAUUGCAAGGGACUAUAUCACCUUCUGCAAGAGUUCAGGAAGUUGGAGACCAAGUGCUAGAGGGACAUCAAACAGAUGUAAUCCGCAGUGUCUUUACCACUUCUCCUACAGCACAUGAUGCUGAACACACAACUGCUGCUCCAGCAGGCAGAGACCAAGCAAGAAAAGCAAAUUUAGGAGGUCAACUUUCAUCAGUACAAAGGCCUGUUCUUAAAAGACAAGCACGAGUUGAUUACACUAUUGAUACAACAACAGAAGACCCUUGGGUUAAAAUUUCUGACUGCAUAAAGAGCUUAUUUAAUCCUACCAUGAGUGAACACAAUGUCCACUUAGAUUUGCAACCUAGCAUUGACAAGAACAAAGAGAACCAAAACCGAUGCAGCUCAGAGACAGUUCUGAAGAAAUCAGAACCAGAACUAGACAGUUCAAAAGUGUUAAAAUCAGAUGAAAAUGACAGUAUGAAAAAGGGUCCCCCUGUUGCACCUAAGCCAGCCUGGUUUCGCCAAAGUCUGAAAGGACUGAGGAAAGCAAAUUCAGAUCUAAAACCACAAACAGAUCAAAAUCAUCCUGACCUUGAGACUAUUUCCAACCAAGAACUGCAAUCCAGCUUGUCCCGUGUCUCUCCUAGGGGAUCAUCAAUAAAACAAAGAAUAAGUUCAUUUGAAUCCUUGAGUGCUCCACAGUCGCCUGAAAAAGUACACCGACGGCUGAGCUUGAAACCAUCAGCCCAGAAAGAACAACAACAAGUGGCAACAAGUUCAGAAGCAGCUCCAGCUCAUCUAAACCAAGCCUUUCUUCAACGUUGUGAACCUAGCCAGCAACAAUCAAAGUCACCUGUGGUCAUGGGUACAAAGAGCCUAGAUAGAUCUUCCUCUCCCAGUCAGGUCCUUGCAGCUAACUCAGAGAAAAGCAAUAAUAUCAACAGUGAAAAGUCCUUGGGUCCCUUAAAGACAGAAGACAUUGCAGCUUCUCAUCUGGUAUCAGCAGGAAAAGCUCACAGCCUGAGAUCACGAAGCUUUCCACUUACUGCUUCCCAGUCCUGUGAGAUGAUGAAACUGUGUGAUGAAAAGUGUAGCAAAAUCUAUUCCAUCAGUAGCCAAGUGUCAUCUGCUUUAAUGAAAUCUUUGCUUUGCCUUCCUCAGUCUCCAGCAUCUUCUGGAAACAGCACAUGGGCAACUGUGGACAGAUUGUCUCAUUCCUCUGUGGAGGAGGAUGGGACUUCUCUCUCACCUGCAAGUGAGAAUCAUCAUCUGGACACUGGGUUUUCUCUAAACCUCUCUGAGUUGAGAGAAUAUACUGCAAGUCUAGGAGGCAAUGAGAAAGGGGAAGAAACACAGGAACAUGGCUCACCUCAAGCAUCCGGUGUGUCAGGGCAGUCUGUUGUCUCCCUGCUUUCCCCUGAAGAGCUAGCAAAGCUCAUAGAGGAAGUCAAGUCACUGGAUGAAGCAACCUUAAAGGAAUUUGAUGAUAUUCAUGUUACAGUUUUCCAUAAAGAAGAAGAUACGGGGCUUGGAUUCAACCUGGCAGGGGGCAUUGAUUUAGAAAACAAAGUGGUAACAGUUCACAAAGUGUUUCCAAAUGGACUAGCAUCUCAGGAAGGAACUAUUCAGAAAGGAGAUGAAGUAUUGUCCAUUAAUGGAAAGUCUCUUAAGGGUGCAACUCACAAUGAUGCCUCGGCAAUCAUGCGACAGGCUCGACAACCCAGACAAGCUGUUGUUGUCACUAGAAAAACUAAAGAUGGAGAAAAAAAUCUCAAUGUUUCAAUUGACUCUAGUGCAUCUUCUGUAGCAAGUGAUCUCUCACAGGAGCCUGCAGCUGAAGAUACAAUCUGCACUGUAACUCUAGAAAAAACACCUGCUGGUUUGGGAUUCAGUCUGGAAGGAGGGAAGGGCUCUAUCCAUGGAGAUAAACCCAUCAUCAUCAACAGAAUAUUUAAAGGGACUGCACUAGAACAAAGCAGCCCUGUUCAGCCUGGUGAUGAACUACUACAAGUGCACACAACUGCCAUGCAAGGACUCAGCCGUUUUGAAGCAUGGAAUAUAAUCAAGGCAUUACCUGAUGGGCCCAUCAAAGCUAUCAUCAAGAGGAAGAAUAAAAGCUCUGUUACCACCAAGUCAUCUGGAACUUUGUAAAAGAAGGAAUUAAGACCACUGCCAGUAUUACAAACAAAAAGGUUGUUAUUACUUGCAGCCAUUUGGCUAGCACAGCAAGAUCCUCAGAAAGCACACGUUUUACUGCCAAGUUAAAGAGCAAGCUGUCUGGGAUAAAAUGUGCACAAAGUGUGCAUGAUUCUUAUUUCC